AUGGAUCCACGGCAUCCGUCCAAGCUUCCACUUUCAGUUCCUGUUCCAGUUCAGGUUCCAGUUCCAGUUCCUGCCACCAACAACACUACUAUUGUUUCUCCUUUCCCUCCAGCUACAGCUAACACAGCUGAAGCUUCACCACCUACAGCAGCUUGGACGUGGUCUUCGCCUCCUCCUACUCCUACAGUUAACCGCCUCUCCGUCAACAUCCCUUUUCCUCGCAGCGCGACGACGACACCUGUAUUUAUUAACUGGGGUUCCAACACGCACACGCAUAGAGAUACCCACUCCCGCACACCGUCUUAUGACAUCGCGCGCGCCGAGUCGCAUCCGCAUCUACAGAAUUUCACUUCGCAUCAAAACCCUGCAUAUGCCGCUCCUACUUUUGCCCAGCGACGAUCCUCCGACACGACUUUUUACUCUCAACUCGGACGCCAUAUAAGCCACCAUUCAAUCAUUGCGCGUGCAAACAAACCAGUCUCAAGAACCCUUAAUCGCGAAAUGCCGCCGCCCACCUCGCCUCCCCAGCCGGGGGCGAAACCGCCGCAACAAACUCAAUCCCAAAAUCAAAACCAAAAUCAACAGCCGCACAACAUGAUGAGCUACGGCCCUCCCCCGCCGCGAGCACCUCCCGUCGCUGUCGGCCCUCCCAUGUCGUUUCCUUCCGGUCGAGAACUUCCAGGCCUCGGCUCCAUCGCAAGAACUGGCAGCAGCAACAGCUCCAUGUCGAUAUCAUCCAUGCUAGGUGGCCCGCCGCCCGCUCUUCGUGAAUCGCAACCUCCGCCGUCGCAUUUUCCUCCUCAUUCAGCCGCCUCUGGACCAGGCCCCGGCUUCGCGACCGCAGUUCACGCCUCACCACGAAUGCAUUCGGCCGCUUCUGACUACCCACCUUUCCGUCGACCACAUACUCCCGAUCACCAGCGACCCUACGAACCUAGAAAUUCACCACCCGGUCACUAUACCCCCGAAGUCCCGCGUUAUAGCACGCCUUCUACCUACUCAAGGCAUCCUUCAGGCUCUGCAGAUCACGCAAGAGAGCCUGGAAGGUUACCGCCUGGGCCUCCUCCGCGACCAAGUAGCCAACCCAAGGCUUAUCAAGGAAUGCCUCGACCGAUGGAAAUGGGACGGCCACCUGGCCCUGAAGAGGCAUACGGACGACGCGACGAGAUGGGCCGACCUCCGCCUGGCAUGGAAUACAACCCCGAACGAGUUGGCCUGCGACCCAACCCCUACGAAGACCGCUAUAGAGCAGAACGCGAACGAAUGGGCGAAGUUGAGCAGCGCGAGCGCGAAAGAAGGGAACGCGCAUAUUCUGGCAGCGACUCGGGAAGACACUCGAUACAUCCUGGUGACUAUGGUCACCGCGAACCUCCUCGAAACCCUUUACCGUACGGCCGACCUCCAGAUCGCGACCCCAGAGAACGAGACCCGCGUGACCCUCAGGGCAGGGAUCCUAGAGAUAUCCGAGAGCGAGAUCCGCGAGAUGGUCAAUGGGGUCGCAUGGGCGCUGACCCCAGCUAUCGAGCCCCUAUGGAUCACCAACGACCGCAUCCCGACUAUCCACCUUCUGCCACGCCGUACCCUCCUCAUGGUGUUGCUUACCCAGGUCCUCCACCCGAUCGAUAUCCUCCAUCCUCGCACCCUAUGCCAGGCCCGCCAGCCCAAGGCAUGCCCCAUGGACCCGCACCCUAUGACUCUCCCGAUCGAGCUCGAAUGACUUUAAUGCAUGCACAACAACAACAACAACCCCCGCACCGAAGACCAGAAGAAGGUGGCCCCCCACCACCAACCAUAGCCUACAAUGGAGCUCCUGGUCCUGGUCAACUCGAGUCUCCCCGACACCGCAAUAGCGACGAUGCGUCAGUCCCCAAUGGUCAGCGUAAUUUGUUGGCCAUUCAGGAGAUGAACCGCAAAGGAAGAAUAUCACCACUUCCCCAAGCUGUGCAGGGUGCGCAAUUGCAGCAGCCUGGCCCAACUGGUGAGCCAGGAAUCAAGAGCGAAUUUGGCCGCAUGUUUGCAGGUAUUGGAAAUGGAGUCAUGGGUGUUUCAAGCCCCAUCACGUCUGCUGCCAUGCCUUUUACAACCGCCAGUUUGGCCAGGCGCGAGGAUCCUGAAAACGUGACACCUGAUUCUGGUCCCGAGGCAGGAAGCAAGGGUACUAAAGGCAGGAGGAGAAAACUGAAAGAUGAUGAAGGCAAGGGUGAUGAUGAAAGUUCGGGACGAGUAACUCCUGCCAACAGGGCUAAGCGUCCCAAAACUCACCAACAUCAACAUCACCACCAUCAUCAGUAUGUUGGUCUCCCGUUUCCUCGUGACUUUACUGAUUAUCCCAGCCACGCGCAUCACCACCAUCACCAUCCAGCUGACGCUGCCCCGUUGAGUGGUGUUGUGCCCUUCAAGAACUUCAAAGCAGGCGCCCCCACAAACGACAAGGGUCUUCCUGUUCCUCACCACCAUCAUCCACCACGGGCCAUGCAUCAGCAUCAGCACCCGCAGGUGAAACAGCCUGUAGUCAACGCCCCGCCGAUUAUACCACCCAAAGCAAAGACUAUUGUCAAGUCAAAAGCAAUUUUGGAUUCGGUGUCGGAUCGACCUAGACACCAUCUUGGAGAUUUCAUCUAUGAACCAGGAUUGAAAGCCAGCAGAUUGGUGCCAAACUAUCCCACACAUCGGGCUUUUGCUUCAAACCCCAAGCCUCUACCCUGGGAGUUGAUUAAGAACAAGGAGAACUGUCUGUUGACGGUCAAAGUGGCUCGUGUCCACUUGUCAUCUGCUUCGAGAGAAGAAAUCACCUCAAGGGGCUACCUCUGGGGUACUGAUGUCUACACAGACGACUCUGAUGUCGUCGCCGCAUGCAUCCACAGUGGAUGGAUUAAGGGAGAAUGGACCGAAGAGGUCGAUAAUUCGAUUCUGGACAUUGAUCAGGGACCCGCCGACAAGCGACGUAAGAAGCCUGCGACCUCGACUGUGGACCUGGAUUCAGAAGGUCUUAUCACCGCCCCUCCCACAAGCGGACCGAUGCCGAUACCCGUGCGACGUGAUUUGCAUGUCAAUAUCCUUAUUCUUCCCCGUUUGGUCAAAUACGGCGCUUCUACCAGACACGGCAUUACGAGUCGAGAAUUUGGCGGUGAUUAUGGUCAUCGCCAUGCGGUCCACGAUGGUAUUAGCUACAUGAUCAAGAGUGUACGAUGGGUGGAGAAUGGAGCACAACCACAAGCUCGGCUUCGAGGCCAAGCUCGACGUGACCGCAUUCGCAAGGCCAUGCGUGAGGUUAAGAAAAGUCUCAAUGUCAAUGGUAUGGAAGCCAUCGAGGAGAAACAAACGAAUGGAAAGUUGCAAGGCGGCAUAUCAGCUACAUGGAGGAAGAAGGAUCCUGAACAAGUCGAGCCAAAGACCCAGGAACAGGACGUCGAAGGCGACAAGGAAAACAGCCAGCUUACUACACACGAUAGCGAAGCACAAGAGGAAGAAAACGAGGAGCAGACCAAGGACGUGGAGAUGAACGAUGCUGUCGAGGCCCCCGCCGUAGAGGCCAAGACGGAUUCAUGA